GGUUAAAAUGGUAUGAAAUACUAAGUAUAGUGAGAAAAAAGAGAAAUUGGUAUUUAGUAAUUACCAAAUUUUCUAUAAAAGGAAAAAUGAUUGGCUGGUUAUUGUUUAUUGGGUUUGAAUAGCCAAGAGGAGAGAGUUAUCGUGAAGAUAUAAAAGAAGGGUGUUGGUACCUGUUUUUCGCGCUAGGCUAGUUUUGGUGUAGGAGAAGCUUAGCGUCACGGUGCUCGCUCGUGUCACAAUAUUCAACAAUGGGUAGAGGAGACAUUGAACUCAACUCAAAUAAGCACUAUGACCACGAUGCCGGGGACGCUGAACUCCCAGACACCGCACAUCAGAUUAGUAGUGAUUCAUGGUUUCAAGUGGCUUUUGUGCUUACCACCGGAAUAAACAGCGCCUAUGUGCUUGGAUAUCCCGGGACAGUCAUGGUUCCCCUGGGUUGGAUUGGGGGUGUGAUUGGUCUAAUUCUUGCUACUGUAGCAUCACUCUAUGCAAAUUCUCUAAUUGCUAAACUCCAUGAAUAUGGAGGGACAAGGCGCAUUAGAUAUAGGGAUCUUGCAGGAGCUAUAUAUGGUAAGAAAGCGUAUUCUCUCACCUGGGGUAUGCAGUAUGUCAAUCUUUUCAUGAUAAAUACUGGUUACAUCAUUCUGGCCGGUUCAGCCUUGAAAGCUACGUAUGUUCUGUUUAGGGAUGAUGGAAUGCUGAAGCUUCCAUAUUGUAUAGCCAUAGGUGGAGUUGUCUGUGCAAUGUUUGCCAUUUGUAUUCCUCACCUCUCAGCUCUUGGAGUUUGGCUGGGAUUUUCAACAGUUUUCAGCUUAGUAUAUAUUAUUAUAGCAUUUGUGCUGUCGCUUAAAGAUGGACUACAUUCACCAGCUCGAGAUUACAGCAUUCCGGGAAGUGGUGCAAGUAAAGUAUUUUCAACAAUUGGAGCGUGUGCCAAUCUUGUGUUCGCAUAUAAUACUGGCAUGCUUCCUGAGAUACAGGCAACGAUUAAGCAGCCAGUUGUGAAGAACAUGAUGAAAGCCCUGUACUUUCAGUUCACCCUUGGGGUUCUACCAUUGUACCUGAUUGCCUUUAUAGGAUACUGGGCUUAUGGAUCUUCCACAGCUGUGUAUUUACUGAAUAGUGUAAAUGGUCCAGUCUGGGUGAAGGCCUUGGCCAACAUUACAGCUUUUCUUCAAUCAGUCAUUGCAUUGCAUAUAUUUGCGAGUCCAAUGUACGAGUUUUUGGAUACUAAAUAUGGGAUCAAAGGAAGCGCACUGAAUAUUAGAAACUUGUCGUUUCGAAUCGUGGUAAGAGGUGGUUACCUGGCCUUCAAUACAUUUGUGUCCGCCUUCCUGCCAUUCCUUGGAGAUUUCAUGAGCCUCACAGGGGCUAUGAGCACAUUUCCCCUUACAUUUAUUCUUGCAAAUCACAUGUACCUUAUGGCAAAGAAGGAAAAACUGACAUUCUUACAAAAGUCCUGGCACUGGCUCAACAUUUGUUUCUUUGGCAUGCUGUCUUUUGCAGCAACAGUUUCAGCCUUACGGCUCAUAGCCGUAGACUCCAAAACAUACCAUGUUUUUGCUGACUUGUGAUUAGAUUCAUUCGAUUUUUUCAGCAAUUGUAACAUUAUAUGUUUAGUGCUUAUGUUUUUCAUUGUAAUAACCAAAAAUAAAGAGCAGGUUUUCUAGCAGAAGAUUGUAUUAAUAUGUAUUUGGGGAAGGUUAGAAAUAGCUUAUGAGGAGCUUGUGAAAAUAGUUUGUGUCUCAAACUCUUUAAUUUGUUUUAGUAAAUUUUUAUGUCAUUAGUUCUCAUUUAUAAAGAGCUUAUUGAAUAAGUGCUUAGUUGUAUUUUU